AUGCUGAGCGUGAAACAAAUCCAUUACUUUGCAAAAGAAGCGCUUGACGUCUAUACUGAAUUCGAACCUAUGAUACCAAGAACACAUCCAAUAGGAAAGGUUAUGUAUAAUAGUUUGGCACUAGGCUAUUAUGGAAUUGUUGAUUACAAUUCUGCACUGAAAUAUUACAAUGAAGCUUUUAAUCUUUCGGGAACAUCAACUAUUCAAAUGAUUGUACUCAUAAAUAUGGCAAUAAUUCAUUUCGAUAGAGGCGAUGCGGAAACUGCUUUGAACUACUUACAUGAUGCACGUGAACUUAGCGCAAAAAUGAAUUCGUCUGUAACUGAUUACAACAUACUAACACGUAUUAAUUUUCAAAUUUCGAGGAUAUACAAACUUGAAAAUAAUCUCGAGAAAGCAAUAUUUUUCGCUGAAGAAAACUUACAAUUACAACUUAAUACAGUUAGUCCAACUUUGGCUGAUAUUGUUAACAGUUAUGUAUGGAUCGCUGAUCUAUGUCCUGAUAAAAUUGAAAUGUGCUACGAAAAGCUAGCGAUAUUCUGCUCAAAUAUCUAUUGUCGGCUAAUACUGAAAUUUGUCAUAAUCUGA